AUGUCUCCCAGCCUUCAGGAAGGUGCUCGGCUCGGGAAAAGCAAACCCUCGCCCUGCUCCUUUUCAAUUGAGAGCAUCUUAGGACUGGACCAGAAGAAAGACUGUGUUCCAUCAAUGAAACCCCACAGGCCCUGGGCAGACACCUGCGGCUCUUCAGGGAAAGAGGUUAACCUAUGUCUAAAUGUCCCGAGUCUUCCUAAUGGGAUCUCAAUUGAAGUGUUGGAAAAUGUCUUUAGAGUAAACUGCUAUCCUGGCAUUGAUAUCAGAGAAGACUUAGCUCGAAAAUUGAACCUAGAGGAAGACAGAAUCCAGAUCUGGUUCCAAAAUCGGCGUGCAAAGCUGAAAAGAUCCAUAGAGAAUCACAGUUUUCUCAUGGCAAAAAAAAACUUCAACACAGAUCUCCUGGAAUAGAUAGAAAACUAAACAUGGGGGAAUUAUCUUCCAAUUGCGGAAUAUAAAGAAUCAAUGGGAAUAUCAAGUGUUAAAAAUGUGAUGUUUUCUUUUCUGUGUUUAAUCUGAGUAUUGUCUUUUUUUUCUGAAAAUAUAUUGUAAAUAAUUACUAUUAUAACAUGGUACCUAUUAUACUUGGGCACUUCUAGUUACAAUAAAGGCCUUUCCUAUAUAUUUUAAUAAACAUUUUCAGAAAAAGCCA